AUGAAGCGCAAACUAGAUGAGAAUGAUGUCCCUACUUCAGCGGACUCGGCAGAAACGAAAAACUCCUCCAAGAGGUUUGAAGACUUCGGACUCGAUCCACGGCUGCUCCAGGCCUUAAAAUUACAGAAAUUUUCGAAGCCGACAUUAGUCCAAGCGGAGGCAAUUCCUUUGGCGCUUGAUGGGAAAGACAUACUAGCGAGGGCCAAAACUGGAUCCGGAAAGACAGCAGCGUAUCUACUUCCAAUACUACAGAGGAUCUUACAGAAGAAAGCCGCCGACCCCGCCCACAGGUCGAUAUCAACUUUGAUCCUAGUACCAACGAGAGAACUAGCCCAACAAGUUCAUAGAACAGUUACUGCCUUUUCGGAAUUUUGCUCCAAAGAUAUUCGCUCUGGGAAUCUCACGCAAAAGGUCUCCGAUGCCGUUCAACGUGCCCUGCUUGCAGAUAUGCCAGAUAUUGUCAUAUCUACGCCAGCGCGAGCGAUAGUUAACGUAAACAACUCUGCCCUGGUAUUAGAUAAUAUUUCUCAAGUCGUUAUCGACGAAGCCGAUCUCGUUCUCUCAUACGGAUAUGAACAGGACAUGCAGAGCUUGGCAAAGGCAAUUCCGCAUGGUGUCCAGACUUUCUUGAUGAGUGCUACACUCACAUCUGAGGUCGACACUUUGAAAGGUCUCUUUUGCAGGAGUCCUGCCAUAUUAAAGCUAGAGGAGGCGGAAGAUGAAGGUGCUGGCAUAAGCCAAUUCGCAGUCAAGUGCGCGGAGGACGAAAAGUUUCUGCUUACAUACGUGAUAUUCAAACUACAGCUUGUCAAAGGCAAGUGCAUUAUAUUUGUCGGCGAUGUGGAUCGAUGUUACCGCCUUAAACUAUUCCUGGAGCAGUUUGGUAUCAAGAGUUGUAUCCUUAACUCUGAAUUGCCAGCAAACUCCCGCAUCCAUGCAGUCCAGGAAUUCAAUAAGGGCGUAUACGACAUUAUUAUCGCUGCCGAUGACCAAGAAGUCAUAGGUAAGGUGGAGUCCAAAAAAGAGACUGUCGAAAGUAAAGAUGGGCCCGUUGAAGACACUGCUACGGAAGAAGCCAAGGAGGAACUCAGCGAGCCUGAAGAAGUGGAAGAAAAGACGGUAUUAUCAAACAAAAACAAGAAACGAAAAAAGUCUGGCAAGGAAAAGGAUUAUGGUAUUUCACGAGGAAUAGAUUUUCAAGACGUCGCCUGCGUUCUCAAUUUCGAUCUCCCAACCACCGCCAAAUCAUAUACCCACCGAAUUGGCCGAACAGGCCGAGCCGGAAAAACCGGCAUGGCCCUUUCAUUCGUUGUCCCAUCGGACCUGUAUGGGAAACAUAAACCAACAAUCUUCCCACCGGCAAAAAACGACGAGUCUGUCCUUGCUAAGAUAGAAAAACGCCAAGCUAAAAUGGGACGGGAAGUCAAACCAUACCACUUUGACAAGAAGCAAAUCGAAGUAUUCAGAUACCGAAUGACGGAUGCCCUCCGUGCAGUUACAAGGAUAGCUAUCCAGGAAGCUAGAGCAAAGGAGAUCAGACAGGAGCUUGUCAAGAGCGAGAAGUUGAAGAAACAUUUUGAAGAGAACCCUCAGGAAUUACGCCAGUUACGACACGAUGAUGAGCUUGGAUCUGUGAGGGUGCAGAGCCAUCUAAAACAUGUACCGGACUACUUAAUGCCAGCCAAGGGGAAGAGUGCACUAACGAGCGAAGACAUUGGUUUUGUUGGGCUACGUAAGUCGAAGGAGAAUAGAAUCCGACAGGCUAGGCAGAAGAAUAGGGCUAGAGGGAGAGUCGCGAAGAAGGGCGGUGCUGGACGAAAAAUUGAUCCGUUGAAGUCAUUCAAAUCAAAAUAG